GAAACGUACUACAACUAUCAUCGUCUGUUACCCUUUUAGUCCAUCUAUAUCGCAGUGCAGUGCGGAACUAGCUUCAUCAGGCUCUGCAAGACAAACGCCACCAUGUCCUUCGAAACCUACAUACAACGCGCAGACGAUUACAUCACAAAGCAGAUCCACAAGUUCGAGCAGCAGAAACGUGGUGGAAAUAGAUCACCACCACGUGCGAAGGGAUAUCAUCAGAUGUCUGGAUAUCAGCAUCAAGGUCGGCCGCCUUCCCAAGGUGGCUACCCUGGCAGCCCUGCUCCACAAGGGGGUCCUCCACCACCAGCGCCCCAAGGUUGGGCCCAAGAGUACGAUGCGAGGAGUCAACUUUGGUACUACGUUGACAGGGCGACAGGAAGAAGUCAGUGGGAACCUCCCUCUUUUGCACCACCGCGCGCCGCCACCUUUCAGCCUGAGGUCCGCAUGCCCAGUCCGUACCAGCAAUUCAGCCGGGAGGAUGAGCAGAGUCAACGGUGGCGCGAGCGAUCCAGUUCUCAACCUCAACGGCCCGGAUCAGGCGUAAGUGGACAUGGACAAUUCCUCGAUCCCAGGCAGAACGGUGGAAGUGGAGGCGGAAGUGCAAGCCCGGCUGGACUGCAUACCCAAAUACCACCGGGAUCAUAUCUGGAUAUGAAGACGGGCAAGAUCGUUAGUAGCAUGUUCCCAGAAGGUCAGACACAUCAGAGUUGGCAACAGGAGAUACAAAGAAUAUGAUAUCAAGGAGCAUGUAAGGAGAGAAAUCAGUACGACUCAUGAUGAUAGAUGAAUGGAGAUGAUGCGAUUGGGAAAGAAUAGCUUCGACAAGUCGACAUGCUCUGGCGUUACAGGUGUCGGCGUGGACUUCAAUGAUUAAUGCGAAUAUGACACGUCUUACCUUCGUGAA